AGAUAAGCCGGCCCGCUAUCGAGUCGGCUAGCCGCGUCUUGGCGGGAACGCUUGAUCACGCUUCAGCCCCUCCACACACUCUCACCGCCUUCGUCACUGGCUGAUCCAACAUCCUUCCUCCAUCUCCCAUCGCUCACACCCAAGCAACGCAACCAACCACGUCCUCCACAACCCGAUAGCUACUACAGAGAACUCGCCACUGCACACUUUUAUAUCCCGUCACCAGCGCGAAAACCGAUGAUGAAUAUCUUUUCUUACUUCGGAGGUGGAGGAAACGCGAAGCGGAAUAAUGCGUCGAAGGAAGCUAUCGUCAAGCUGCGACAGCAGCUAGAAAUGCUCAGGAAGCGCGAAAUCCACACCGAGAAACAGAUGCUGGAGCAGGAGGCUAUCGCGAGGAAAAACGUCACAACGAACAAGACCGUUGCUCGAGCUGCUCUGAAGCGCAAAAAGGUUCUCGAGCAGAAUUUGGUCACGACGCAGCAGCACAUCAAUACCCUAGAGCAACAGAUGAACGCUGUGGAAACCGCGAACCUCAACAUGGAGACGGUAAAGGUUAUGAAGGAGGCUUCGGACGUCAUGAAGGGCAUGAACAAGCGUAUCGGUAUCAACGAUGUCGACGAGACCAUGGAGGAGAUCCGCGAGAACAUGCAAUACAACCAGGAGAUUUCAGUUGCUAUCGGCAACGUGAGCAUGGCCGAUCCGGAGGAGGAAGACGAGCUCGACGAGCUACUCGCAGAUAUGGAGCAGAAGGCGUUGGACGAGAAGAUGAUCAGCGCACCUUCGGUACCCGUGACUACGCAAGGGCAGGCCGUCGCGCCGAUCACCGUCAAGCCACAAGAGGAAGACGAAGAGGAAGAACUGCGGAAGCUACAGGCCGAGAUGGCGAUGUAGUGUGUCAUAGACCCCGAUGUUCUCUUCUCGGGAUGCUCUUUUGUGUUAAUCAUUGCGACAAAGUUAUCAUGGCGGCAUGGCAUAUUCCGACUACUCGCCCUUGAUGUUAGAUGAACUGAUGAUGAUAUGGGCUUGGGAUUCACGUGCUAUUCGCUUGCUUUGAUAUACACGUCUUCUAUUAAGUUUUUCACAGGUGUUCUCUUUCUUUGCUUUGCUGAUCCUGAAAUGUUUUCUUCUCUUUCUCUGUCUCUGGUGCUGGUUGGUUUGUCUUGUCAGUUUUCGUUGCUGUAGUUUCUGCAUUGGCUUUUCGAUCCAUCCGCUUCUUCUUUUCUUUCGAUGCAAUUCAUAUGGUUACAUUUACAUCCAUACACAUGACGCAGCCUCGCAAGGCUGGAUCCCUGACACCUGUAGUAGCGAAUAUCCUUAAGAACUUACCAGGGCC